AUGGACAGGCCAAUCACUGCUGGCCAACUUAAAGACAAAUCACUCUUCCAGGACAGCGAUGGCAGCGCAGUUCCUGCCAAGAGUGUGUGCCAUAUUUGUUCAAAGCUAAAGAUAUUUCUUGGAGCUCUAUCUUUUUCCUUUUUUGCCAAAGGAUUUUCUGGAAGCUACAUGAAGAGCAUGUCCAGUCAAAUUGAAAGAAGAUUUGAAAUCUCAUCCUCAAUUGUUGGCAUAAUUGAUGGCAGCUUUGAGAUAGGUAACUUAAUGGUAAUGGUGUUGGUGAGCUACCUUGGACCAAGAGUUCAUCGACCAAAAGUAAUUGCUGUUGGAUGUCUCAUCAUGUCCUUAGGAGCAUUUUUGUCAGUGAUGCCUCAGUUCCUAAUGGGACGUUAUAAUUAUGAAAGAAUAACUGUUACUGUGGACAACUCUACGAGUGUAUCAGCUUGCUCCCCAGCGUUGUCUGGGAGCCAUCCAGUCACAGAUGCUACAGAAACACCCAGCGCAAUGAAAAAUUUCGGAUGUGAGAAAACAACGAAUUCCUAUCUGUGGCUCUUUGUGUUGAUGGGGAACCUUUUACGUGGAAUUGGGGAAGCACCAGUUAUGCCACUGGGAGUUUCAUAUAUUGAUGAUUUUUCUAAAGAAGAAAACUCAGCAUUUUACAUAGGCCUGGUGAGAUCCUCGGGCAUGUUUGGGCCAACCCUGGGCUUCCUGCUUGGAUCUUUCUGUGCCAGCCUCUGGGUUGACGUCGGCGUUGUGGAUAUGGAUGCUAUCAGCAUAAAUCCCAAGGAUACCCGUUGGGUUGGUGCCUGGUGGCUUGGAUUGCUUAUCUGUGGAGCAGUCAACUUCAUUGCUUCAUUGCCUUUCUGGUUUUUGCCUUACUCCUUACCAAAAGAAGGAGAGAAUGAAAACCUGAAGAUUAGUCAUUUGCCUGUUCAAGGAGAUCACUGUAAAAUAGACCCCCCAGCUCAGCCACAGUUAAAGUUUUCAGAGGCAGUAAAAGAUUUCUUCCCAGCUCUGAAGAAGCUGUUUGGAAAUCCAAUUUUCCUGGUGUACAUCUUCCUCACUAUUCUGCAGUACAAUUCCCUUGUUGGGUUAAUAACCUAUGAGACGAAGUUUAUGGAGCAGCAAUUUAAUGUAUCAGUGGCAAGGGCCAUCUUUCUAAUUGGUGUGAUACUUUUACCCAUCACAAUCCUGGGGAUGUUUCUAGGAGGAUUUCUGAUCAAGAAAUUCAAACUUCACAUAACUGAAAUGGCAAAGUUUGCGUGCAUCACCUUUAUAGUAGCAUAUUUGUUAAACCUCUUGUACUUUAUGUGUAGUUGUGAGGUGCUCCAGGUGGCUGGACUGACAGCACCCUACUCUGGACUAAAGCAUCUUUCCUCCCCCAAAACCAGCUUCAUGGCCAGUUGCAAUAUUGACUGCAGCUGCAAGCUGGAUCAGUGGGACCCUGUAUGUGGGGAUAAUGGGAUCACUUACAUGACAGCCUGCUUUGCAGGAUGUAAAUCAUCGACUGGGAUAGGAAAGAAUAUGGUGUUCCACAAUUGCAGCUGUGUGGAAGGACGAGGGCACGGGCUUGGCAAUUCCUCUGCAGUUUUGGGACAAUGCCAAAGAGAAAGCUGUACCAAAGCAUUUCCCUAUUUUUUAGCAUUACAGACUGCAUGUGCAUUUAUUUUAGCCUUAGGAGGCACUCCUACAUACAUGAUUAUGUUUAGAUCUGUUUCACCAGACCUGAAAUCUUUUGCUGUUGGGAUUGAAACUUUAGGUGGUAGAGUACUAGGAGGACUCCCAGCCCCUAUUUAUUUUGGUGCCUUGAUAGAUAAAACCUGCUUGAAAUGGGGGACAAAAAACUGUGGGGGAUCUGGAUCUUGCCGGGUAUACGACACGAAAGCAUUCAGAAAUGUCUAUCUUGGCCUCAUUGCAGGACUACGGGCAGGAUGCUGUCUCUUAUACAUAGUGCUCUCUGUUUUAAUAAUGAAACGCUUCAAACCAGAUGGCAAAGAGAUGACAGAUAUUAAAAAUACAGAAAGAUCAACCAGCAAAGAACCAGAUACUGCCAACAGAAAAGAAAUUCUUCCUGGUGCAAGAACCUCAGAGGAGAGUGAGGAAACUUGUAUGUAA